AUGGGUAAAGUCAAGGAUAUCAAGAGCAAGUCCAAGGGCUCUGCCAAACCCGUCGCCGCUGCCAAACCUGCUGGUGUCACCAAGUCGGCCAACAGCCCGGCGGUCCAGUCCAAGAAAUUGGCCAAGGACAUCGCCAACAAGGCUGUGAACGGAAAGGAGAAGAAGAGCAAGAAGGUUGAAGUCUCCUCGUCCGAGGACGAUUCUGACGACUCCGAGUCUGACUCGGCCUCCGAGGAUGGCUCUGACGACUCCGAGUCCGACUCUGCUUCCGACUCGUCGGAGCCUAAGAAGGUGAAGACGGCUGCCAAGACCAACGGAAAGGCCAAGGCCGCCCCCAAGAUUGCCGCCGAGGAGAGCUCUGAUUCUUCCGACUCCUCCUCCGACGAGGAGGAGACCGAAGCCAAGCCUGUCAAGGCCAACGGCAAGGCAAAGGCCGAUGCCGAUGCAAGCUCAUCCGAUGACUCAGAAGAUGACUCCGAUGAUUCGGCAUCCGACUCUGACGCAUCCGAAGCCUCUUCUGAGACGGGCUCUAAGGCUGAGGCCCCGUCCAAGAAGCGUAAGGCUGAGGAUGAGGCUGAGGAGGAGGCCGAGGCCCCGGCCAAGAAGACCAAGACCGAGGACGAGUCUGAGGACAAGCCCCUCACCCUCUUCGUUGGCAACCUCACCUGGAAUAUCGAUGAUGACGCUCUGUUCGAGGAGUUCAAGGGCUUCGGCGAUCUCGCCAGCGCUCGCGUUAUCACUGACCGGAACACCGGCAGGUCCCGUGGCUUCGGCUACGUCGACUUCACCACGCCCGACGCCGCACAGAAGGCUUACGACGAGAAGAACGGCGAGUUGCUUGACGGCCGCGACAUGAGACUGGACUUCGCCCAGAAGCGUGCCAACAACGACGCCGCCAACGGUGGCCGCCCGGCUUCCUUCGACCGUGCGAAGCAGCAUGGCGAUGUGAUCAGCCCCGAGAGUGAUACCCUCUUCGUGGCCAACAUCCCGUGGAGCGCUGAUGAGGACGCCAUCUCUGCCUUCUUCAACGACGUUUGCAAGGUCCAGAGCCUGCGGCUCCCAACUGACCAGACAACUGGUCAGCCAAAGGGCUUCGGCUAUGUCUCUUUCCAUUCCAUCGAGGAUGCGAAGACUGCCUUCGAGGCCAAGAACGGGGAGUUCCUCAAUGGCCGGGCCGUCCGCUUGGACUUUGCCAAGCCUCGUGACCCGAACAGCGGCGGUGGUGGCGGCGGUGGCUGGGGCGGAGACCGUGGUGGUGGUGGUUUCGGCCGUGGUGGUGGUGGGCGAGGAGGCGGCCGUGGUGGUGGUGGCCGUGGUGGUGGCCGUGGCCGUGGCGGAGACCGUGGUGGUUUCAGCCGUGGCGGCGGUGGUGGUGGCUUCCAGGGCAAGAAGAUCACCUUCUAA